UCGUUGACGUGGCCACUGGCGCACGACUCAGACCCAACACAUGGGAGACCAUGGACCAUCCGUAUCAUGGAACGAGACGAAAUACAGGUGGAGAGCCAAGUGAACGGAGACCGGCCAGCUGAGGCGGUUAGGUGCUGUAGCGACACCGUGGUCUGCAAGGCGGCGCUUAAGGUGAAAGGUGUCAGAUUUGUGUUCUCCAAAGACGAUGUGGCUGCGGGACCAGGGACCAGGCCUGAUCACCGCAGAGCGUUCGCGGGGCCGAGUUUGAUGAUGUGGGAGAGGAAAGAGAAAGCGCCAACAGUCAUCGGAAGGGGUGCAGAGGACAGUCAUCGGGCUGCAGAGUGCGCCUGCUGGUCUGGGCAAGGGCGCCGUGUGGUCCCCGCCGGCUGCCGCUGUGAACCACGAGUACCUCUCAAGGUUGCCGUGGCCUCGCUAGACCCACUCCCACGACACACAUCUUAA